GCAUUCAACACUACGCGCCAAGGAAUGAACUCUAAACACACCCACUCACACACUACCAUACAAACAAGGUCCACCAUGGCAUCUCGUGGCAUUGACAUACACCUCCUCCCUCACCGCAAACUGUACAUCGGCGAGCUAACAGAGAAGAACGGCACUUUUUACAUUGACGGCAAGACAGUGAAGCACGUGGACAUUUUGGGCACCGUUACUAGCAUUCUCCGCAAAGCUAGACACACCACAAUGAUGCUGGAUGACAACACCGCCACAAUUACCUGCAUUAGAUUCCACGCGGAGGAGGAGGAGGAGGAAGUGGAGGAGGCUAGAGUGGAUGAAGACAAACAAGAGGACUUUUCAAUGUUUGUGAAGCGCGUUACACAGAAAUGGCAGAGGAGAGUGGAGCACGGUGAUGUGGUGAAUGUUCUAGGGCGUGUUGAUGUGUAUAAGGGUCGUUGGCAGGUGGUGGUGUCCUCUGUGGUGGUGGUGGAGGACAGUAAUGCAGAGUGGUUUCGUUUGAAGGAGAUCGAGGCGCAGCGGAAAGCUCUAAAGUUGAAUGUGAGGUUCUGAUUUGUGGGUUAUUGGUCUUUAUCUUCUCUUUUAUUCUAUUUCUCUCUUUUCCUUCCUAUUUGUAUCUCUUCCAUUUUUUUUCUCCUCUUAUCUUCUCUUAUUCAUUCAUCUUCUUCCUCCCUAUAUUUCUCU